AUGCCCAUUUCACCCUCCGCCCUCACGGCGGCAGAGCUCGGAACGACCGAGCAAGGGAAGAAACCAGGUGCCUGGAUAGUACUUCUGACACGGCCGUCCUACCUCCCCGGCAUAAUAUUGCUCGGCCACUCCCUCAAGAAAGUGCAAUCGAAAUACCCACUGGUAGUCGCCGUGACUCCCUCGCUGCCGCAAUACGCCGUCGACGCGCUCCUGGCCACGGGGCUGGAGGUGAAGUAUAUACAGCCCAUCGGGCCUAAGACGCACGUCAACGUUGUUGCCGAAAGGUUCGAGGACACAUGGACGAAACUCUCUGCAUUCGGGUUCGAUGAGUAUCAGAGAGCGGUGUUGAUCGACGGGGACAUGCUGGUGAUGCGCAACAUCGACGACCUCUUCGACCUGCCGCUACCGCCGGACUGGAUAGCCGCCAACCAUGCGUGCGUGUGCAAUCUCGACCGGCAGCCAUGGGCACCCAAAGACUGGGUUGAGACCAACUGCGCGUACACGCCGCUGACGCACCCGGGGGCACUGACGCAGCCGACGGCAAUCACGCCUGACUCGCGACGGACGCACACGCUGCUCAACAGUGGGCUAGUGGUGUUCACGCCGUCGCGGGGGAUGCUCUCGGACAUGCUCGAAGUGCUGCACACGUCGCCGCUGGUGCCGACGUUCAGCUUCCCGGACCAGGACUUUCUCGCCCACUUCUUCUUUGGGCGAUGGAUGCCCAUCGGAUGGCAGUACAAUGCCAUCAAGACUGCACGCUACUGGCAUCCGAAUAUCUGGCGUGACGACGAGGUCAGGAAUUGCCACUACAUCGUCGAUAAGCCGUGGAAUACCGGACGGAAGCGCGGCAGCGAAGAUGAAGUCACCCACACGUGGUGGUGGGAUGAGUUCAGGGCGUGGGAGGAGGAGAUGUGGAAGCAGGGCGAAAGUGGCGCGAGGACGGUGGAGAGUGUUAGGAAGCACAUGACGGAGGUGGAGUAG